GUAAUCGAAUUACCUGCACGUGUAAAACGCAAAACAAAAUAAAUGCACGCAAAUUGUCGAAAACAAUAGUAAAAUGGGUAAAUUAAAUGUUACGGUGCUGCGCUACCUCACCAAGGAGGACUUUCGCGUGUUGACAGCCAUCGAGAUGGGCAUGAAGAAUCACGAACUGGUACCAGGUCCCCUGGCCGCUGCGAUUGCCAAUCUCAAAACGGGUGGGGUGCACAAACUGCUUAAAGAGCUCUGCAAGCACAAAUUGCUAGCCUAUGAGCGUGGCAAGAAGUAUGAUGGCUAUCGUUUAACUAACACGGGCUACGACUAUCUCGCACUGAAGUCCCUCACGCUGCGUGGUUCUGUUAGCUCAUUUGGCAACCAGAUUGGCAUUGGCAAGGAGUCCAACAUUUAUGUAGUUGCUGAUGAAGAUGGCACGCCCAUUUGCCUUAAGCUGCAUCGCCUGGGUCGCACCUGUUUCCGCAACGUUAAAUCAAAGCGCGAUUACCAUGGUCGCCGGCACAAGGCCUCGUGGUUGUAUCUUUCGCGCAUUUCGGCAACGCGGGAGUUUGCCUAUAUGUCUGCCUUAUAUGAUCGUGGCUUUCCCGUGCCCAGGCCCAUCGAUUUCAAUCGCCACUGUGUGCUCAUGGAGCUUGUUAACGGUUGGCCCAUGACACAAGUGCAUGAGCUACUGGAUAUACCACAGGUCUACGAUGAUCUAAUGAAUCUCAUCGUGCGCCUUGGUAACUCGGGUGUCAUUCAUGGAGAUUUCAAUGAGUUUAAUUUGAUGCUCACUGAUGCCGGCAAGCCCAUACUGAUUGACUUUCCUCAAAUGAUGUCCACUUCCCAUGAGAACGCCCAAUUCUUUUUUGAGCGCGACGUCACGUGCGUGCGUGAGAUGUUCCGUCGCAAGUUUGCGUACGAAAGCGAGGAUUAUCCCAAAUUCAGUGACUUGGUGCGCGAAGAUGAUUUAGACGCUGAGGUGCACUGCACUGGCUAUGGAUUCACAAAGGAAAUGGAGCAGGAUUUGCUGCAGGAGUAUGGCAUGAUUAAGGAAGUGGAGGAGGGGGAAGAGGAGGAAGAACAGCUGGCUGAUGAUGAGCCACCAACCUUGGUGCCAGCUGCAGCCGCCGAGAUUGACGAGUGUCGCAGGCAGUUAGAAAAUGAGGUGUCCUAUAGCGAGACAAAGCCUGCACUAAAGUCCGACGAUGCCAUUAGGCGUUACAUUGAAUCGUGCACGCAAUACUUGGGCAAUCUAAGCGUUGGUCCCGAGAUAUCCGAUCAGACUAUAGUGGCAACACCAAAAAUCCUAGAUUCCGAACGGAUGACGUCUAUUCCAACCCAGGAAUCUAGCCAAGCUGUGGCAAACGCUACUGAAGCUGAUUCCAAUACAAUAGAAGCCACUCCCGCAGCUGAAGAUGCGCACUCCAUCAGCUCCAACGACUUGGAAACGGAUGAAAUGCCAGAGCUAGCUGGCCUGGAUCCCAAUUCGCGUAUGUACCGUCUAAAGAUGGUCGAACAGAUGUUAAACGAUGCACGCAGUCAGCGAUCCUUCUCCACCACAGCCAGUACGAUAGCUCCCUCUGUGAUCACAGAUCGCAUACGUCGCAACUUGGAUAUUAAGGAGAAGCGAGAGCAACGCAAACGUUGUGUGGCCAAGGGCGAAGCGAGUGCCGUGCAUCGCCAUCGUAAGGAAAACAAAGAUGUUGUGAAAGAGUACGCGGGGUGGGAUUUUUAAGGAUAAACUCUGUUCUAGCUAACAACACUAUAUAUAAAUAAUAAAAAUGCACAAUAAUCUAUGGUUUUAACUAUACUA